GGCGGGGGCCCCGAGGGGAGCCGCGAGGGGCGGGGUCUGCUCGAGGCGGCCCCCCAACACCGCCUCCCGUUCCCCCCUCCCCAGCCUUGGUCUCCUCGGCGGCGGAGCCCCGGUGGGGGGUCUGUGCCUGGUCGCCAUGACGACGCCGGCGAAUGCCCAGAAUGCGAGCAAAACGUGGGAACUGAGUCUGUACGAGCUGCAUCGGACCCCGCAGGAAGCUAUCAUGGAUGGCACCGAGAUUGCGGUUUCCCCUCGAUCGCUGCAUUCAGAGCUCAUGUGUCCCAUCUGUCUGGACAUGCUGAAGAACACCAUGACCACCAAGGAGUGCCUCCACCGCUUCUGCUCUGACUGCAUUGUCACAGCCCUGCGCAGCGGGAACAAGGAGUGUCCUACCUGUCGGAAAAAGCUAGUAUCCAAGCGGUCCCUACGGCCAGACCCCAACUUCGACGCCCUGAUCUCUAAGAUCUAUCCUAGCCGAGAGGAAUACGAGGCCCAUCAGGACCGGGUGCUCAUCCGCCUCAGCCGCCUGCACAACCAGCAGGCGCUGAGCUCCAGCAUUGAGGAGGGUCUGCGUAUGCAGGCCAUGCACAGGGCCCAGCGCGUGAGGCGGCCGAUGCCUGGCUCAGAUCAGACCACAACUAUGAGUGGGGGGGAAGGAGAGCCUGGGGAGGGAGAAGGGGAUGGAGAAGACGUGAGCUCAGACUCGGCCCCGGACUCUGCCCCAGGCCCUGCUCCCAAGAGACCCCGAGGAGGGGGUGCCGGAGGCAGCAGUGUAGGGACCGGGGGAGGCGGCACUGGGGGAGUGGGUGGGGGUGCUGGUUCUGAAGACUCUGGUGAUCGGGGAGGCACUUUGGGCGGUGGAACCCUGGGGCCCCCAAGCCCUCCUGGGGCCCCCAGUCCUCCAGAGCCAGGUGGAGAAAUUGAGCUCGUGUUCCGGCCCCACCCUCUGCUUGUGGAGAAGGGAGAAUACUGCCAGACCAGGUAUGUGAAGACCACGGGGAACGCCACGGUGGACCAUCUCUCCAAGUACUUGGCCCUCCGCAUUGCCCUGGAGCGGAGGCAGCAGCAGGAAGCGGGCGAGCCCGGCGGGCCUGGAGGGGGCGCUCCUGACACGGGGGGGCCUGACGGGGGUGGGGGGGAAGGUGGGGGUGCUGGAGGUGACGGUCCCGAGGAGCCUGCUCUGCCUAGCCUGGAGGGUGUCAGUGAAAAGCAGUACACCAUCUACAUCGCACCUGGAGGGGGAGCCUUCACGACACUGAAUGGCUCGCUGACUCUGGAGCUGGUGAAUGAGAAGUUCUGGAAGGUGUCCCGGCCACUAGAGCUCUGCUAUGCUCCCACUAAGGAUCCAAAGUGACCCCACAAGGGGACAGCCAGAGGAUAGGGACUGUGGGGUGCCCCUGGGCCCUGGCCUACCCCUCCAGCUUCUUUGUUUCCCAGUGCCCCCCUGCCCUGCCAGCCAGCAAGAGGACAGACAUGAGGACAAGUGGCUUUUAUACAAAUUAUCUAUAUCAGAUUCUUCUAUAUUGUACAGAGUGACACAUGCACCGCAUCUACUGCCUUUUCUAUUGCCCCCAACCACUCAGCCACACCAGCUGAUGGGAAGGAGGGUGAACCUGCCCUUCACACUCUCCUACCGACAACAAAUUGGCUUUUUUCU